UGCUCAUUGAAAACCGGAUUGUUGACUACCGACCAAGAUGUCCCGCCGAUACCCCGACAAGAAGUACUACGACAACGACCGCGGUCUACCACCAAGACCGCCACGUUCACAAAGAGAUCAACGGGACGACGAUAACCGUAGGGAACGUGAUUACCCGCCAGCGAGAAAUUACCCGAAUUCAAACUACAGCUCAUCGUCGAGAAACCCACCAGACCGACGCAACCCUCCACCGAGAUCAGACUAUGGCGGAUCGAGAAAUGACCGUCAGAGAUCCAGAUCACCACCGCCCUACCCGCGACGAAGUAACCAGAUCAUCAACAAUCACCAGCCAGGCGGCUUAAGGUCUGGUCGGUUAUCCCCACCACCGAGAGAAAGACAAAACGACAGGUCCACAUCUGGCAGGAACUCCCCGGCUCGAAGUACGAGCAGUGGAAAUCGGACUCCUGCACCGGCAAGAACAGCGCAGCCUUCUCGAGCGCCUUCUCACGGUCCAUCUAGGGCUCCGUCCCCAGCUCGAGCUCCGCCCUCUCCCAGUAGAGCUCUAGCACCAGCGUCAGCUACCAAACCCAAAGGAUUUUCAGCUCCAAAGACCAAGAAUCCCCGAAACACAUUUCAUUUUCUUGAGCUCUCCCUCGUCCAAGACGCCAUCAUCCACGAUUCGCACAUCCUACAAGAUCUCGGACAGUGUAUAGAUGAAUGUGAGCAAAAAGAUCCCAAUACGCCAUGGGAGCAGCAGGAAAGGGGGAAGGAGUUCCUCAAGUGGUUUGAGGAGUAUAGAAGUUCGGUGACGACGUUGAGGCCGGUUGUUCCGGGGAUGCGCGACCACGCCCUACUAACAAUGAAAGACAUGAUCAAGAAGAAGUUAACGAGGAGGAAGUUGUUUACCGAGCUGUAUCCACCACCAUCAACGGAGGAUGAGAAGAAGGAUACCAGCGAUAUCAAAAACAACAAUCCAAAUCCAGAACCCAAACCCACCAUCGACGUCUCCACAGACGUCAUCUGCCUCCUCCGCCCACCCCCCUUCUCCAAACGCUCGCAGUACAUCACCUUUGCCCCUUACCACCUUUCCUCCUCUCCCACUCAACCAUCCCCCUCCAACAUACUAAUCACCACCUCCCCAGCCCUAACCAACCUAUCAGGCUCCCACCCCUUUUCCCUCUCCUCCGCCUUACCAGUUCUCCAAGGCCUCAAGCGCGUCGCCUUCCUCUGGGACUCCGCCUCCCCUCCUAACGGGCCCGGUCCAUUACCCGCCGACUUGGCAUUCUUGUUUCCAGAUAACUUACCCAGCCUAGAAACGAUCUAUAUCCUCCAUCCGGAGAUUCGUCCAAGAAGCGAAUGGUUCUGGGUGAGUCCUGAGUGUGAUACGUUUAUGGGAGGGGAGGGACAAGGGAGUGAGGCGUUGUUUGUAGAGGUGAGGGAGGGGGAUGUUGAGGGGACUGGGACGGGGAUGGGAACUACGGGGAACAUAAAGGGAGGAAGUAUGUGGGAGGUUUUGGGGGAGGAAAACGAUGGGGGUGGGAAAAGGGAUGUGUGGGGGAGGGGAGGAGGGGAGGAGGUCAAGGUUAGUGAGGGGGUAAGGGAUGCGUUGAGGGAGGUUAAGGCUUUGGAGGGGUUGUAUAACGCUGAGGGCGCAAAGGGGAAAAGGAAUGUGAAGGUGAAGUUGAUGGGUUGUAUUCCUAUUCGGACUUGA